CUGGCUAUGACUAGGACGGCCACGACGCGAGAACAGCCAUUCGAAUCCAGUAUUAGUGCGGUGUAGAGAGUGCUUCUCGGUGUUUUUUCAUCUUCACGCCUGCCUUCCUUCCCGAGGUUUACCGAUUUUCCAUUCGUGACUUCGACCGAUACCCGGUGUAACAGACAAAAUGCCUUUUAAACCAGUAGAACAUCCCAAGUGUCCCAAAUGCGGCAAAUCCGUGUACGCUGCAGAAGAACGUGUUGCUGGAGGACUCAAAUGGCACAAGAUGUGCUUCAAGUGUGGUCUGUGCGGCAAAUUACUCGACUCGACAAACUGCACCGAGCACGAGGGUGAGCUUUUUUGCAAAGUGUGCCAUGGACGCAAGUUCGGUCCUAAGGGAUACGGCUUCGGUGGAGGCGCUGGUUGCCUGUCCAUGGAUCAGGGCGAACAUUUGAAGAGUAGCGAGGAACUCGCGAGAGGAUCGAACGCCAUUCUGGAACCAAGAGCCAUCGCGAAGGCGCCAGAAGGAGAGGGUUGUCCUCGAUGCGGAGGAUACGUGUACGCUGCCGAACAGAUGCUGGCCAGAGGAAGGCAAUGGCACAAGGAAUGCUUUAAAUGUGCCAACUGCUCCAAGAGAUUAGACUCGGUCAACUGCUGCGAAGGUCCUGAUAAGGACAUCUAUUGCAAAGUAUGCUACGGAAAGAAAUUCGGACCGAAGGGUUAUGGGUACGGCCAGGGUGGUGGCGCCCUACAAAGCGACUGCUACGCUAAUGGCGAGGCAGCUCCUCGUACAACCGUGAUCGACACCGCCAUAAUCAAAGCCCCGCCCGGCAAAGGUUGUCCACGUUGCGGCGGCGUCGUGUUCGCCGCCGAACAGGUGCUCGCGAAGGGCCGCGAAUGGCACAGAAAAUGCUACAAGUGUCACGACUGCAGCAAAACGCUCGACUCGAUCAUCGCCUGCGACGGGCCCGACAAAGACGUCUACUGUAAGACCUGCUACGGAAAGAAAUGGGGACCGCACGGAUACGGAUUCGCAUGUGGUUCGGGAUUCUUACAAACCGAUGGUCUAACGGAGGAAGAGAUUUCGGCUAAUCGACCAUAUUACAAUCCCGAUACGACGGCAAUCAAGGCGCCAGCCGGUCAAGGUUGCCCUCGUUGCGGUGGCAUGGUAUUCGCCGCCGAACAACAGCUUGCCAAGGGGACUAUGUGGCACAAGAAAUGCUUCAACUGCGCCGAGUGCCAUCGACCUCUCGACUCUAUGCUGGCCUGCGAUGGACCCGACAAGGAGAUUCACUGCCGAUCGUGCUACAGCAAGCUUUUCGGACCCAAAGGAUUCGGAUUCGGACAUACCCCCACCCUCGUUUCAACCGAUGGGGAUCACGCUCCCUCCUACAUCGAUGCAAAGCCUCAGGUCGGGCAGAAGCGGAGCGACGGGCACGGGUGCGCGCGUUGCGGCUACUCCGUGUACGCUGCCGAGCAGAUGAUCUCGAAGAAUCGCGUGUGGCACAAGCGUUGCUUCAGCUGCGCCGAGUGCCACCGCUCGUUAGACUCGACGAAUCUGAACGACGGCCCAGACGGAGACAUUUAUUGUCGCGGAUGUUACAACCGGAAUUUCGGGCCGAAGGGGGUGGGCUUCGGCAUGGGCGCGGGCACCCUGACGAUGGCCUAACUUGUUCAGAAAUAUAUUCAACACCAGCUCGAACCAGUCUCGUAUAUAUAUAUAUAUAUACAUAUAUAUAUAUACAUAUAUAUAUAUAUAUAUAAAUAUAAAUAUACACAUAAAUAUAAUUAUAUCCAAUAUAUAUACGUGCGAAUAAACGAUCGCGGAUAAUAAUAUAAUCACUCGCUCGCAACGCUUAAUAAAUUCAUUGUGGAUCUUCUCUAUUGCGGUUUCCUUCGUUUAUUCGUAUGUAUAGAAAUAUGUAUAUGUAUAGACGCCUGACUCCUCGAACUAACUUUUCGCGAAAAAGUUUCACGCUGCUCCGAAAACUCCGAAAACCAAAGAGAAAAGAAAAGAAAAGAAAAGAAAAGAAAAGGAAGAAAAAAAGCAAAGAGAAAAAAAAGUCAAAGAAUUUCUUUCUUUCGUUUCAACGACGUUUUUAAUCGCUUAAAUAUAUAUAUAUAUAUAUAUAUAUAAAAUUCGACUCGAUCUUCUUCGACGAAGAACCACGCGCGAUGAUUUUGCAUCCGUCGAUGAUUUUGUCUCCUCGAUGAUGCGGCGCACGAAACGACCACGCGAUUACACAAUCGAUUAAUCGAACUGUGAACGAGCAAGCUUUUAUUACUUUUGUAUAAGGCGAAAAUUUGCGAUCUGAGAUCGAGAAGCUCCGCGGAAGCUUCCUUCUCCCUGGGAAGGGGGUAGAGUGUAUAUAUAUAUAUAUAUAUAUAUAUAUAUAUAUAUCCUCCAUCCGUCGGCAUCCUGUCCAUGUUUUUUUUCUCUCUCUCUCUCUUUCUUUCUUUCUUUUUUUUUCGAACGAAGGACCUUGGAAUUCGGGACCAAUACUGAUUCGGGGAAAUUUUAAUUUAGAAUUUAUCCAUCGAUCUUAUCUCGAAAGUGUGCACAAGGAUCCCGCCCCCUUAUCCUCGGGAGAAGGAUAGAUACACGAGGCUGACACAAGAAAAAGUACAAAGUAUACAAAUCCGUUAUAUACCUGGAUUGCUAUCAGGAGCAACGAUUGUAGAUUAAAACGACGAGCAAGAAGUGACGAGCGAAGAAGAGCAAGAAGGAACGAAGAUGCAAAAGAUAAAUAAAAAAAAAAAAAAAAUGAUUAUUUUCAAUAAAUGUAAUAUGUUUUGAAAAAAAAAAGAAAAAGAAAAUAAUAAUAAUAAUAAUAAUAAUAACAAUAAGAAAAGAGAAUUAAAGAAAAUAGAGGGAGUGUGGGGAGAGGGAAGAGGCUUUGAAAAAGAAAAAGAAAAAGAAAAAAAAGAAAAAGUGGAAGCGGCGAAAACAUUCGACAUUCCAAUUUUGUUGCGCGUCUAAUCGAGAAGACCUCGUCGAAAGAAAAGUCAUCGUUUCAACCUAA